AGUCUGGAACGAGAAAGCGAUUGAGGUAAAUAUGUAAUUGAUCAUAAGUAAUGAUAAGACCAAAUAUAUUAGAAUUGUUUUUAUAAGUAAUAAAAUCGAGCAUCACUGAUAAGACUGCGUUUUUGUAGUUGUGAAUAUAGAGCAUAUUGAGAAGACAAAUUUAAUUUAUUGAAAUCAAAAUUAAUUUGACAAACAUCUUUGGUUGUGCUUAUCAACAGUAUUGGAUAUUGAGACAUCGGAAAUAAUGGUACAAAUGGUUAUUUAAACCUGUUAUGUAUUCAUCUUUAAAUAAAUGCGUGUUUAUCGGCAACCCACUACUGGUUUGACAAAGCUUGACAAAACGAAACUGCCGGCAGAUGGCAGCAUGAUCUGCACAUGCCAAAGCUUGUUUAUUUCAAGAUGGCAGCGGACAAGGAAGCCAUAGCCAUUGUGCUGGAUGUAGGUCCAUCCAUGAGUGAGUCUCCUCCAGGGACGUCUACACCCCUACAGCAGGCAGGAACAGCUAUCACUAUGAUACUACAGAGAAAGAUAUUUGCUAACUCUAAAGAUGAGAUUGCUCUCAUAUUGUUUGGCACACCUAACACAGCCAAUGAACUCGCGGAUGGGGAGGAGUACCAAAACAUCACCCUGGUGCGGCCACUAGGACUUCCCGACUUUGACCUGCUCAAAUAUGUACAGAAUGAAAUACAGCCUAGCAACAUAUCUGCUGACUUUAUUGAUGCAAUGGUGGUUGCACUAAAUCACUUAGUCAAACAAACAGAAGGAAAGAAGUUUGGAGGUGGAAAACGUUUGAUCUUGUUCUCAGAUCUUGGCGGAGAAUUUGCUGACGACCAACUUGACGACAUUGUAAAUGGCAUGAAGCAGGCAGAAGUGCAGUUAAAUGUAAUUGGUCCAGAUCUAGAUGAUGAUGAUGAAGAUGAAGAUGACAGAGGAGCCAGACCCGCAGCUAAUGGACACUCUAAGCCAAAGUCAGCACAGCAGAGAGCUGGAGAGGCCAUGGCAAGACACCUGCUGUCACAGGUAGAAGGAGAGAGUUAUUCCUUCAGUGAAGCACUGCCAGCCCUCAGCUAUUUCCAAAACAGAAAGGUUAAGCCCACGCCGUGGAAGUGUAAUUUAGAGAUUGGGAAUAACCUGCAAAUAGCUUUAGCUGGUUAUGUCAGGGUAGUUGAACAGAAAGCUCCCAACUUCAAGAAUUGUUACGCCAAAGAUAUCGAUUCCGAGGUCACCACCAGUAGGUCAUAUCACCUUGACGACGAGGCCAGCACUGAGGUCGAGAAAGAGGAAACUGCACAAGGUCACAGAUACGGUAACACAUUGGUGCCUUUCAGUGAAGAUGACAUAGCAAACAUGAAACUGAAAACUGUGAAGUGUUUUAAGCUUUUAGGAUUUACUGAAACUAAAAAUGUGAAGAGGCAUCACUUCUUAGGAAAUAACGUCCAGUCCUUUGUUGCUGAAAAGGAUGAUGAGGCAGCAGGGGUGGCUCUCUCUGCCCUCAUCCGCGCCCUCCACGAGACCAACUGUGUCGCCAUAGUGAGGAAAGUGUACAGGGCCAAUAGCGAUGCCAAGCUAGGGGUGCUGUCACCACACAUCAAGGCUGGAUAUGAGUGCCUAUUCUACAAUGAGAUACCUUUCAUGGAGGAUGUGAGGCAGUUUACAUUUGGGUCCUUACCCUUAGAACCAGACAGUGAACUCAACAAAAAGUUUUCUCCCUCAGAUGACCAACUAAGGGCAAUGGACAACUUGAUUGAUUCCAUGGAUUUAUCUAAGACAUCACAGGGAGAUGAGGAGGAGGAAGAAGCUCUUAAACCCAAACUUACUUUCAAUCCACAUUUACAGAGGUUAUAUCAGUGUCUACAGCACAAAGCUCUUAACCCAGACGACCCACUGCCGGAGUUGUCCCCCAUCAUUGCAGAUUACCUGAAACCCCCUCAAGAAGUGCUGACCAACUGCCAGUCACAUGUGGAGAAGUUAAAGGAGGUCUUUCCUCUCAAAGUUGUUGUAAAAAAGAAGGAAGAAGUUUCUGCAAAGUCCAUGUUCCAGGACAAACCCAUAGGUGAUGUACCAGCUUCCAAGAAACCGAAACUUGACGAUGGUGCAUUGGGCGAUAUGAAACAACUGGACAAGGUCAAGGUCACAAAGGUUGGCACGGUAACACCAGUGGAGGAUUAUUGGGCCAUGUUGCGUCGAAAAGAUGAGGACAUGUUUGAAGAGGCCUGUAAACAGCUAGAGACUGUAAUAAUAGACAUCAUUAUGGGGUCAUUUGGUGCCCAGUCCUACCCCAAGGCAAUGGAGUGUAUGAAGGCACUAAGAGAAGCUGCCUUAAAGCACCUGGAGCCUGGGGUAUUUAACAAAUUUUUCACCCAGUUUAAGAAGGAGAUGGAGCACUACAAUAAAAUGGAUCUCUUCGAGAUGGCAAAGAACUCUGGUCUCAGGCUGAUAGACAAUGAAGAGUGUGAGGAGAGCACUUACUCCAAGGACGCCGUGGCCGAGUUCAUGUCAGACGAUGUGAAGAAAGAGAAAAAGGAAGAAGAGGAGAUGCAGGAAGAAGACGCAGAUGACUUGCUGGAUCAGCUAUAGGAACAAUUUAAUAGUGAGAUAAAGACAAGCUGUAUCAAGGACAAGCUAUAGGGAAAAGUGACAGUGAAUAAGAUAAUUCAAUACUUCAACUUGCACAUGAGGAUAGAAAUGAUUCUGCAUUACAAGUUUCAUAGAAAUGGAAAAAAAGGUCCAUUUGUUUAAGUGUAAAUAGCUGUAGAAUAUAAAUUGUAUAUUAUGAGAAAAGACUUCACGAAAGACGCCAAUAAUCAGCACCAGAGGUACAGGGUGUGUCUGAAAAUUUUUAUACAAAACCUUUUUGCAGUCCCUGGAACUGUGGGUAUUUAUGACCCCAACGAACGAUUUCAUGUGUUCAUGUAGUAAUUGUCAAUAUAAAAUGUGGGUUUUUAAAACUUUGUUAUAAAUAUGUACAUGUACAUGGAUCUGUUCAUUGUGCUUAAAACAAGGAUAGAAAU